AUGACUCGUCCUAAAACAAAAUAUCGGUACUACCGCGUCGACAAGAAUGCUGGCCGACCUUCGAGCAGCCCAUCGCCUGAGAAACAACCGAGAAAUCCAAUAACUAUAAGAGAACAACGCCUGAGCCUUGAGGAAGAAGGUGCAAGUCCUGAUCUGAGUCCGUCGGGAUAUGUCGGCUCUUCUAGUAUCCUUUCUAUAUGUCCAAGUUUCUCACCUGUCAUCUCUCGCAAACCAGCACAUCGCCGGGACAUGGACCCUUGGCCAUUCGAUUUCGUGAAGCAAACAUUCAGAAAAUUGUUGGCUUCUUCGGGAUGUGUAGAGCAACUCAUUCUUCAAUACUACGAUAGCGGUCGUUUUACCGUCAUCCCGCGACCUUUGGUUCUUGACCCGAUCUCCACGCUUCUUCGAGAGUUGAGUGCAAGUCAGAAUGAAGAAGCAUUUUUGGAUAGCCAUCUUGCAAAUGCCAGACGAAACCUACACAAGAGAUUUCCAUCCCUCUCGGCUCAUACAACGGUGGCUGACUUCCUUGGAUAUUUCAGUGCUGACAAUUUUCGACUGGAGUUUAUUGGCCUCAUAUUUGCUCUCGCAGGGGUUUCCGUCUUUUAUAGCCAGCAAAACCUCGCUGCAGAAUUGUACGCUGCCAGCAAGGUCUGCAUGGGAAUCUGUGAGGAAUACAAUCAGGUGAACGAUCUUACCGUUUGGUCGCGGUAUAUGAAUUUUCUUUUAGCAUCAAUUCUUUUUGGAGACGCAAGUAUGGUCCUCGCUCCCUCGCCUUCCAGGCUUGAAAGUGCUCACAGCGUCGCAGGUAACAUUUUAUACCACCGAGCGAAUGAGUUCACAGCCGAAUUAUUCGUCAUGGGUUUCCAUCGACUCAUGUCCUCACCACCUGAUGUUCCUUUCUUCAUCCUGGAGACUCGUAAGAGAAUCUUUGCGUCGGCCGUGGCUAAGGACAAAAGUCUUUCUACUUUUCUUGGAAGGGCUCCACGGAUAGAUUGCGAUUUUUGUGACUUGCCAACCCCGUUCGAUCUAGAUGAUGAAGAGGUCUUGCUUGAGGGCAGCCGACUUGAUACGGCCUUGCAAGCCCUUGAUCGAGAUGGGUGGAAGCGCCCUGCCGGGGUGGAUGAGCCCAUCCGGCCAGCUAGUUUGAUUCGACUUCGGUACCACCAAGCUCACCUUCGCGAGAAGAUUCUACGCCUGUCAUUGGGGAACAGAACGAGGACUUUCUCGGAGAUGCUCUCGACUUUGUACGGAGAGUAUCAGGAGGCAUGGUCAAAGAUCCCACCGCAUUAUCGCUACAACAAAAGCGUCUGGGAAAGGUCAAACCCCCAAUUAUGCGUGGCACUUUUGAUUGUCCAUCUAGACUAUCUUUACAGCGGUUUUUUGAUAGAACGCAUGCUCACUGAAGAUGGUCAAAUGACUAAGACCUGCCUCCUGGCAACAUCAGCGAAGCUGCUUUCAGGCGUACUUGAGUUCGUCCAACAGCAGCAUUGCUAUCCUGAAUUACGCGAGCGAUUUACAUGGAUGUUCCUUUUCUACGGCCUUCCAGGUGCUGGGACCCUUGCCACCGAGCUUCAUCAUAGCACUCUUCGCGGAGUUCCAUUACAAACCACUAUUCCUUGCGCCAGUAUCAUCCGCGACUUGAGUGUAUUACUGGCAUGGUUCGAGCACAAAUGUUUCCCCGAUCGGCCUGACUUUCUCGUCUGUGUUCAGAUUAGCAAAGUCAUUGGUGCUCUUUUGGAUGAUACACUGAACAAGGGGCGACCUUCAUCUCAGAAGGCAGUUCAACCUGGAAAGCAGCAGGCAAAUCAGCAUUCGUCGAGUUUAUCUCAUCCUGGUCCUGCAAGCCACGGCUACCUUGGGAUGGUCCAGCCGCAACCUGACGCAAUGACAAGCCAAGACUUUCUUAACUGGUUUGACGAUCUGGUGUGGGACGAUCCUUCCAUGAAUUUUGACUCUAUCAGUUAA